GAAGCGCUUGUCCGUCAUCCUUCAGAUACUACGGUUGUUGCUUAGUAUUAAUGGCUCAACAGCGCGUACGGUUUGUGUGCUAAGCUGUAGGAGACAGUUCUUCAUAACAAAUAAACACACAUAAGUGUACAAAAAAGUAUUUUCCACUUUCGUUGUUCGUGUAUUUGACCACCGAGGCAAGUCUGCGGUGGAGAAUAGGCGAGCGCCCCGGGCUGCUUCACUCCCCGAGCGCUGCUGGAGACUCGGGGAGCCCUGCGCGCUGUCUGCGGGUUCCGGGAAACUUCGCGGUGGCCGCUGUUGGAUGGAGUCAGAAGCGCUGGUGUUUCCACUUGGUUUUAUUUUUGGGUUCUACUUCGGAGGAGGAGCGUUGUGUCCAAAUAAAUAAAAGUCAAUCUGGAAGAGGAGGAAGCGCGAUGGUUUCUGUUUUGGUCGCAGAGUGAACAAGGUUUCGUUCAUUUUACAUUAAGUCGUGGCGCGAUAUAUCAAGGACGUGUAUUCAGAUACAUUCAGUUAAAAUAAACAUAAAUCAUAAACACGUCAGUCGUACUGGAGUGAAAAGAAAAAAGGAAAAUUGUUUCAGAUUGGAAACGAAAAACAACGACUGAAAAGACUGUACAGACUGCGGGGUUGCAUUGUUGGUCCUAGCAAAGUACUGAACUGUGCAUGGAACAUCUCACUAGUGAAUGUGAUCGUCUAGAGAUCUAUGGCCUGUAUGAUCGACAUGGAGAUGUCCACAUGCCCCACACCUCACCAAAAUGGUGAUGUCCACAGGAGUCCCCAUGUCCCAAAGCAGGCCGACUCCAUGCUGAAGGUCUAUCUCUACCACACCCAGGAUGGGACAGAUGGGAAGACUCUGGGCUACAUUCCAGGAGAGUAUGUGGCGGAGGAGAUAUGUAUCGAUGCAGCAAAAGCAUGUGGAGUCACCCCAGUGUAUCUCAACAUGUUUGGCCUUAUGAGAGAAUGCGACCGUAAUUGGUACCCACCCAACCAUGUCUUCCAUGUGGAUGAAGCCUCUUGUGAAACUGUGCUAUUCAGAAUCAGGUAUUAUUUCCCUGACUGGUACAGCAAUGGAUCCAUCAGAGCAUAUCGAUAUGGGGUGAUGAAGGGUUCAGAGAGCCCAGUCCUUGAUGAUUCUGUAAUGUCUUACCUCUUUGCUCAGUGGCGGAGUGAUUUUGUGGAUGGUUGGGUCAAAAUAGCCAUCAGCCAUGAAACCCAAGAGGAGUGCCUAGGAAUGGCAGUUCUUGACAUGAUGAGGAUAGCCAAGGAAAAAGACCAGUCUCCUCUGGAUAUCUACAAUGCCAUGAGCUAUAAGUCGUUUUUGCCCAAGGACAUGAGGGCAAGGAUCCAGGACUACCACAUUGUUACUCGAAAACGAAUCCGCUAUCGCUUCCGCCGUUUCAUCCAGCAGUUCAGCCAGUGCAAAGCAGCGGCCCGUGAUCUCAAGCUGAAGUAUCUUAUUAACCUGGAGAUGCUGCAGUCUGCCUUCUACUCUGAGUACUUUGAAGUGAAGGAGCCCUCUGCUGGCCUUGUCACCAUCCGCGUCGCAGGCAACAACGGCAUCCAGUGGUCAAGAAAUAAGGACAAAGAAGCUAGCUCAAUUUCUGAACAGGACUUACAGACAUACUGCAAUUUCCCUGAUGUUAUUGAUAUCAGCAUCAAGCAAGCCAACAAAGAUGGGUCCUCUGAAAGUCGAAUUGUUACCAUCAACAAACAGGAUGGCAAAACACUGGAGCUGGAAUUCCUUUCAUUAAUUGAGGCUCUCUCCUUUGUGUCCCUGAUUGAUGGUUAUUACCGGCUAACGACAGAUGCACAUCACUACCUCUGUAAAGAGGUGGCACCGCCACGACUACUAGAAGUCAUUCAUAGCUACUGCCAUGGCCCUGUUUCAUUCCAUUUUUUUCUUCCUCUCUUUGUUCCACAGAAUGAAAGUGGAGUUGAGUACAAACACUGCCUUAUCACUAAAACAGAGAAUGGAGAGUACAACCUGAGUGGAGCAAAAAAGAGCUUUGGGACCCUCCGGGACCUGCUUAACUGCUACCAAAAGGAAACUGUGCGUUCAGAUGGCAUCAUCUUCCAGUUCAGCAAAUGUUGCCCACCCAGGACCAAAGACAAAUCCAACCUCCUGGUGUGCAGAAGUAACAGCUGCUCUGAUGUCCCCCUGUCCCCAGUGCUGCAGAGACAUAACAUUAGUCAGAUGGUAUUCCACAAAAUCAGGAAGGAAGACCUUGAAAUUCAUGACAGUUUAGGCCAAGGAACAUUUACCAAGAUUUUCAGAGGAAUCAGGAAAGAGCUUGGGGACUAUGGUCAAAUGCAUGAAACUGAAGUCAUUGUAAAGAUUCUGGAUAGAGCACACAGGAAUUAUUCUGAGUCUUUCUUUGAAGCUGCCAGCAUGAUGAGCCAGCUCUCCCACAAGCACCUGGUGUUGAAUUACGGAGUCUGUGUGUGUGGUGAAGAGAACAUUAUGGUUCAGGAAUAUGUUAAGUUUGGGUCGUUGGACACCUACCUGAAGAAGAACAAAAACUCUGUGAAUAUCAUUUGGAAGCUCGAGGUAGCGAAGCAACUUGCUUGGGCUAUGCAUUUCUUGGAAGACAAAAGCCUUGUCCAUGGAAAUGUAUGUGCCAAAAACCUAUUACUCAUCCGGGAAGAGGAUAGAAAAAAUGGCAAUCCUCCCUUCAUAAAGCUCAGUGAUCCAGGAGUGAGCAUCACCGUGCUCCCAAAAGAAGUUCUCAUUGAAAGGAUCCCAUGGGUGCCUCCAGAAUGUAUUGAAGAUCCAAAGAACCUCAGCCUGGCCACAGACAAGUGGAGUUUUGGCACAACACUGUGGGAGAUAUGCAGUGGUGGCGAUAAACCCCUCAGCACCUUGGACUCAACUAAAAAGUAUCUGUUCUAUGAAGAUCACCAUCAGCUGCCUGCUCCAAAAUGGACAGAACUGGCCAACCUUAUCAAUAACUGCAUGGAUUAUGAGCCUGCUUAUAGGCCAUCUUUCCGAGCCAUCAUCAGGGAUCUCAACAGCCUCUUCACUCCAGACUAUGAGUUGCUGCUUGAAAGUGACAUGUUGCCAAAUCGAUCUGGUGGAUUUGGGUAUGGCGGUGCUUUUGAAAACCAAGAACCUGCUCAAUUUGAAGAGAGGCACUUGAUUUUUCUACAGCAACUUGGCAAGGGCAAUUUUGGCAGUGUGGAGAUGUGCCGCUAUGACCCUCUGCAGGACAACACUGGGGAGGUGGUGGCUGUGAAGAAGCUACAGCACAGUACCGCUGAGCACCUGCGCGACUUUGAGCGCGAGAUUGAGAUCCUCAAGUCACUUCAGCAUGACAACAUUGUCAAGUACAAGGGAGUGUGCUACAGUGCCGGCCGAAGAAACCUGCGGCUCAUCAUGGAGUAUCUCCCCUUUGGGAGCUUACGAGACUACUUAAUCAAAAAUAAGGAAAGGAUUGACCAUAAGAAGUUGCUUCAUUAUGCAUCUCAAAUAUGCAAGGGGAUGGAUUACCUUGCAACUAAGAGGUACAUCCACAGAGACCUGGCUACCAGAAAUAUCCUUGUUGAGAGUGAGAACAGAGUGAAAAUUGGAGAUUUUGGUUUGACAAAGGUUCUGCCACAGGACAAAGAGUAUUACAAAGUCAAGGAACCAGGAGAAAGUCCUAUUUUCUGGUACGCUCCCGAGUCCCUGACUGAGAGCAAGUUCUCCGUGGCAUCAGAUGUCUGGAGCUUUGGAGUGGUGUUAUAUGAACUGUUCACACACAGUGACAAGAAUAAGAGUCCACCAGCGGAGUUUAUGCGGAUGAUUGGUAAUGACAAGCAGGGACAGAUGAUUGUCUACCACUUAAUUGAGAUCCUUAAAACUGGCAACAGAUUGACCUGUCCAGAAGGAUGCCCUAAGGAGAUUUAUCAAAUGAUGCUGGAUUGUUGGACCAAUGAUCCAGCUCAGAGGCCAUCCUUUAAGGACCUGACUCUGGGAGUGGACAAUUUCCGGGAUAGCAAGGAAGGAUGAAGCCACCAAAGUGCAUUUCUUGGGGAAGGAAUUUUUUUCUUUAAUUCAUGAAUACAACCGAUGCUUAGGCCAUUUAACUAUGGCGAGGACUAUGAGUUGGGACUAGCAGCCCUGGCUGGCUUCCUGUUUAAAAUCUCUGGCUUCACAGUUGACUGAAUUAUUUUACUUCCACUGGAACUUUUCAGAGGCACUUGUAUCAGAAAGAGGAGAGGGUAUAUUCCUAAUGUUUUUGUAAUUUGUUUUUCUGCAUCCUAUAUUGUAUAUUGUCAGCAGUGCUGGCCUUUUCUCCUUAUUUUAAGAAGGCAAAACUGUGAAGUGAAUAUAAGGUUUUGUUUGUAUUUUUUUACAGAUAAUAUAUAAUCAUGAAGACAAGUUUUUUUUUAAUGCAAUGCAGAUUAUAGUUGAUCAGUCCACAAGCAGUGAAUGUAAAUGGAGAACUUGGUUUGAAUAUAUUGCAUAAUUGCUUGUAAAAUAAAAAUCUAUAAUUUUAUAUUUUUUUUCAUUGUGUUGCAGACACUGUUGGAAUAAAGAGAUAAUUCUGUAA